ACAAGCAAUAUUUAAGUAUGAUCGUUCGUUCAUCAUAAUGGAAGACUAUAUAUUGACGUGUAAUGUUUUCGGAUGUUCAAUUUCGGAUAAAGCAGGAUUAUACAUACAUAUCCGGUUUGGGCCGCAGGAUGGCUCAGCCCUUUUAGAAGCCCUCAUUGUCAGGAACUUAGGUUAUAUCCGCCAUUCAUGGAAGGAUGUCUCUCAUGUGAUUUCCAUCCACUGGACCUUUCGUCAUUAUCCCAUGGAGAAUAGUAUCACCAUGAGAAGCUUGAGGGUUUUGUGUUUGGAGGCUCUCAGCAGAAGGUCUACUUUGAAAACACUACUCAUCUGUCUGGUUAUAACUACAUGCCUCCACUUCAUUAUCAACUUUGAACAAAUAAGAGAACAUGGCGAUUACAAGAGUUUAGAUCUACCACUGAGUUAUGCAGAGCUCAGGGACUAUGAGCCUUUGCACCUUACACAUUUCGAAACAUUUCCCAGGGAUGGUCCAGUAAAAAUACCGCGGAUUAUCCAUCAGACUUGGAAAAAUACUGAAAUUCCUAGGAAACUGAUUGGUUGGGUAAAGUCGUGGUUGAAAAAUAAUCCUGGUUAUGAGUAUUGGUUAUGGACGGAUGAAAGCGCGCGAGCCUUGAUCCAGGAGAGGCAUGCGUGGCUCCUGGAUACUUACGACAACUAUCCAGAAAACAUUCGGAGGGCAGAUGCGCUGCGAUAUGUGAUCUUGUAUGAAUUCGGUGGUAUUUAUGCAGACAUGGAUGUGGAAAGUUUGAAAAACCUGGAUCCAAUGCUAAGGAAGUACUCGUGCUUUGUACCUCAAGAACCCUACGAACAUCCCAUCCUGUACGGGAACUUUGAGCACCUUGUUAUCAAUGCUGUGAUGGGAUGCCGAGAGAAACACCCCUUCAUGAAGUCACUAAUGGAAAACUUGCCCUACUUCUCACACAUGUGGAACGUCCUGGACAGUACUGGACCCCACUUCCUUACAAACAUGUACAAACAAUACACGCACAAACAUGGGGACACUAAUCCUAUGGAUUCAAAUGCAGUUUACUUGGCCCCUGCCGAGUAUUUCUUCCCAACAAUUGAUCCUUCAAAACAUUUUUGGUUUCGAAUUCAGUGCUCAAAUUUUGGAAAAUUGACUAAAAUUCAAAAGCGUGCAUGUGUUAGUCUGAAAAGACUGGGGGGAAAAAGGAAGCCAUUGAACGUUUCAUUUACAGAUCACCACUGGAUACAUACAUAUCUUGACUUCCGUCUCUCAUUGAAGGGUCCUGUUGAUAUACAUUCUGUUGUUCCAAGUGUUAAGAUUUAUAAAAACACCAGCUUUAGCUAAUUUCAUUAUUAUCAGUAGGCAUGAUCAAAUUUUGCGUAGGAUAUUCUUGCCAGGAGAUCACUAUAAACGGAGUGUUUUAUGUACAUGUCGGAAUGUAUCUUUUAAGAUUUUUUAUUAAUGUGUUGUGUAAUAUAUCCAGUUAAGUCUAGUCUUUGUAAAGCUUCAAACAUAGUAACAAGCUUGUAUUUGCUGUUGAUUUACGGUGCACCAGGUGAGCAAAACAAGGUAAUUUAUUUACAGGGCAGAGAUUUAUGAAUCAACUUAGGGAAGGAAACUGCCCUGCCCCCCUUACAACGUUCAUCUUAACUCUGUAUUUCCAUAUAGAUCCAUAAAAGUUAAAAACUAUGUGUAAAAUAAGUUUAACAUUGAAAAGGGUGAAAUCAGCUGAAAGGAGGAAAAAUCACACCCUGAUUUACGCAUGAUUGACUUUGUACUCAGCAGGGACCAUGUCUGUAGAUAUGGUUUUACUUAAUAUGUCAUUUUCAAUCUACAUGUAGUUGUUACUGUGACAUGAAGUACAAUUAUCCAAAGACACUGCAAGCCAGUGUUCAUUAUCCUGGAUACUAAAAUUUGACUUAGUUGUCAUUUGUGGUAAAUAAAGUAGAAAUUAUUUAUACUG